CUGAAGCGCGGACACCGGCAUUUGGACGUUGUUUACAACGGGUUUCGGAGCAUUAGCAGAUGUGAAAACGAAGAAGAAGUAUCGGAUUUUACCAACCGCGAAGUCACGCUGUCCGUGUGUUUGAUGAAGUGCUGUUCAUAAAGUGAAUAAAUAUCAUUCCGUAAGCGAGAAUUGGAUACCACCGUUUGGGAGUACAGUGUGUAGAGCCUGGGGCUUGGAAAGCAGAAUGAAACCCUCAUGGCUGGGGCUGACGCUUGCCGUGGUGUUGCUUUUGGCAGCCACGCGCUCUGUUUCCGCCACCAAGCUGAACUAUCCGCGUGUUUUACUGCCCAUCUUCGAUCACAUUUCCGUGAACUUUACGCUUGAGGUCGUCGAAAAGGGUUGCUUCAAGUGGACUUCGUCACGACUCGAUCUAAUCCAAAUCACGCCUUCCUAUGACGACAUCGAUGAGGAUUGUUCCUAUCGUGUGGUGGUGACAGUUAUAAACAAGGAAAAGCGACGCAACACCGCCAUCGUGCUUGCGGAGGAUCUAGUUACCGGUGAGGUGCUUCGAUGUGACGUGAUUCUGGACGUGAUCGAUCAGCUGGGUGUGCUAACGACGACCCGUGAAUUGUACCUAGAGGAAGCGCCAGAAACGUUCGAACUGUGGGCUCAGGAUGCACAAGGUAACGCGUUUACCACGCUGGAAGGAAUCGAGUUCCACUGGCAGAUCGCGUCCCAUCGGACGCACGAUUCACGCCACGGUGGUGCUGGCGAUAGUAGCUGGAGUCAGGUGUUACGGUUCCUUACCUUUUCCGAGAGCAAGUUCCAUGUCGUACCGCGAGCAAUCGAACGGCUUGAAGCGGCCGGCGUGCAAGGAUAUAUGGUGUUGCUGGAGGGUAUAAAUACCGGUUCAGCUCGGGUAACGGCACGUCUUCCCCAUGCCGAGUACGCGAACGUCCCACCGGUUGACGUUAACAUUAUGGUGCUGGCCAACCUGAUACUGAACCCGAGCGAUGUGUACAUCCUGCCCGGAGAUACCAUCGAAUUUAAGGUGCUCCAGUUGAAGCAGGGCAAGCUGCACGAAAUUGCACUCAACAGUCAGUACUAUCUGGAGAUAGAGCAUGAAACGUUUGCCAGUAUGAGCGGAAAUGCAGCGAAGGGUUUGCGAGUUGGCCGAACAUUUGUGCUGCUGCGUGACCGAAAUGUACCACAUGGAGCAAACGCAGCGGUAAAUGAUGAAGCUAACUCCAAAGCAACACUGCCGAAAGCAAGCCUCACGGUGGUGGAUCCGAUGAAACUAACAAUUAAUCUUUUACCCCACUACAACUGGGUAACGGUUGAGGGCGAGAGUCACGAGAUUGCGUUGAAUCUUUUUACUCAUGACGAUCAUCAGAUUACGCUUGGGGCAAAGUACAAGAUUCAGUCCACGUUUGAUGAGUCCCUUUUCUAUCCGAUCCGUGUAACCACUAAUGGAAGUAGCAUCUUUGGUGAAACGAUUGCCACCGGUAGCAGUCCGGUGACGGGCAAGUUUGAAAAGCUCUCAGCCAAGGCAGAAAUGGUUGUGUACAAACGAUUGGCAAUUAAUCCACCAGAAGUGAUUCUACCGUACGAUCCUAACCUUCGCCGACAAAAGCUUCAGUUCAGUGCUACCGGUGGUGAUGGUUCAUACAGUUGGACUUCGCAGGAUGCGAAUGUUGUGUCCAUUUCACAAACAGGUUUGGCGGAGGCUCGUUUGGAUCAGAUCAAGGGUAUCACAGAUUUAGCCACCGAAACCGAGCUGGCUAAAGUUACACAAGUGAAGGUCGCAAUGUCGCGAAAUGUGCGGAUUUACGUGACGGCACAGGUGAUGUUUUUACCACCGAUAAAGCUGGAAGUGGUGCGUUACAACUUUGAAACCGUGCUGAAAGAUUACGUCCGACUGCAUGUGGGGCUGUGGGCACGGUACAACGGUACGCUGAAACCGUUCACUUCCUGUGACAAUCUACACUUUGAGCUAGAGUUUAGCAAUCCCAUCUUUAUGACGGAAACGUUUGCUUCGGUUAGUGACGAAAAGGAAGAACCAUUGGCUAACGGAGCUUGUCGGAUAAUGUACCUACGUUCCACCAUGGUUGGGCAGACAAAUUUGAAGAUCACAUAUCGUUACUUCGAUAAGCUGCUGAGCGAUCACGUCAGCUUGAACGUGUUCGAGCAGCUCGCGAUUGAGAAUCCGGUCGAGAAUGAGGUUGUACUACCGAUCGGUGCAUCGCGCAAUCUUUUCUACUACAAUGGACCGGAGCACAUUUUCAACUCGGAGGCGGAACUACAACGUCAGCUAGUGUACGAUCGAAAGGCACUGGAAGUAACCGAAAUGGGAAGUGGAUUUUCCAACGAUAAACACAUCUUGCGUGCGCUUUGCAAAAAGCUCGGUGACUACGAGCUAAAGCUGGAGGUGUUUAACACACUGAACGCACCGAAUGUUGUACCGUACGUAACCGAGUUCGUGACGAAAGUAUACUGCGUAAAGCCACGCUUCGUAAAUCUCAUCACGACGGACAAGGUAAAAACAGGAUGUCCGCUCGAACGCCGCAACUCGAUGAUGCACGUCAAAACGGCAGACAACGCGGAACAGAUGAUGAUCGACAUCGAGGUGCUGGAUGUGCAGAAUCGUAAGCUGGCAAACAUUUCCUCGCUGCUGCUGGAAUGGAAAUUCUCCUCCGUGGAUACACAAACGGUUUCCGGCACGUCGACAGGUGUUGGUGAAACGGCUCUAGUGAUGAGCUAUGAUUACAGGUCGGAAGUGGAACGUUGGGAAGGUGUCGAAAUUCCUGGACGUGAUUAUUUGCUGCUGCAUCUUCCGCGGGAGUUGGAAGCGAGCCUGAAAGUGAAAACGCUCGUCACGGAUUAUCGGGCGGAAGUGCUUAAACGGUAUGCGAUCAAACCGGAAAGUCCACCCUUCGGUGUGCAGAAAAAGGCCGGAUCACCACUCGUAAAGCCGGUGAUUGAAAAUGAGCUAAACUUUGUAUCGGUGAAUCGUACGCUGCUUCCGUACGAGCGGUUGACACUCUUCCUAACCGCUGACUCGGUCGAACGUAUAAAGGUAGCACAAGGGAGCGGCUUUUAUGACAUCAAAGCGUCCGAGUUGGGGAUUGUGUCGGCACAGUUCGAUGGCACAACGCGACAGAUAAUCAUCAGCCCACGAAAGAUCGGUGAGGUAAAGCUAGAAAUAACGGACCAGUGUCUCAGCACGGAGUCGAGCUUUCUGCACGUGUCGGUUGUAACGGUGGGACGAAUUACCGUGCUGUCGCCGGAUCGUGUUGAGAAAACGAAAAAGAUUGAAGCGAUCGUACGGUUGUACGAUAGUAACGAUCGUUUGCUGGAGAUUAAGCGCGAUCGGUUGGAAUUGUAUGAUCUUCGCACGGAGGUGUAUAAUCCUACCGUGCUGAACCUUGCACUCGGCAGUCAAUCACAGUUGGGCGCGGGAGAGAUUCGUUACCACGUGACCGGUAUGGAGCUGGGCGAAACCAAGUUUAGCGUUAGUUCGGGAAGUGGAAAGGAAAUGAUUACAAGUGCACCGACCGCGGUACAGGUGUUUCCACCGCUGAUGUUACUGCCACGCAAUGCAACGAUCCUCGUGGGAAGUACACUGCAAAUCUACAGCAAAGGAGGACCAACACCGGACACAAACAUCAUUUACACUGUACAAAAUUUGGAUAUUAUUGAUGUUGAAUCAAACUUUGCUAGCGGACUUAAAAUUGGACGUUCGAAGGUUACAGGACGCUGUGUUGGCAUGAAUCCCACCACCGGAGCACAGAUCGUGUUUUCCGAGGACACCAUCACCAUUCAGGUAAUUCCACUGGACGCGAUCGAGUUGCGAACACCGUUGAAACGCAUUCAAGCGGGCGCUACCAUGCCAGCGUACGUUUGGGCCGCACCCAACAUCUCGCCACUCGUGCUCGGUACGGUAGAAAACUUACAAAUCCGUUGGUCUACCGAUCAUGCCGAUGUGCUUGAUGUGCGCGGUAUCUUCCAAGAUGUCGGUGUCGAGUAUCUGGCCCGUGAUGCGAUUGCAAUGCGCGUGAAAGCUUUGGCACCGGGACGAGCAACCCUGCACGUAACGCUUGUAACACCUAACGGGCUGAAGCUAACCGCCAAAACGGACGUGACCGUGUUCCGAAUGUUAGAAUUGGUGGCACCGAAAGCGAUUCGUUACGAUUCCAUACUCCUGCCACCGAGAGCUACGAUACAGCUAAAGUCAAAUCUGGACGAUGCUGUGUAUCACCUAGACAGCGACACUUCGUCCGGCGGUGUGCUGCAAGUUACACGCGAUGGAUUGGUCAAGAGCGGUGAAACAACCGGACGCGUGCAGGUGAUUGCAUCCUCCCAGGACCAAUCACUCACGAUACCGCUCGAGGUAAAGCAGGUACACUACAUUAUGGCCUCUUUGCAACCGGGAACGGUGAAGUUAAGGCGCAUCGAAAACAGUAUCCCGCAGGGAUUUAGCUUUUCCCUGAAGGUGUCACUGCACGACAGUCUUGGUAAUGAAUUUUCCCACGGUUUGGAGGACGUGUCGGCCCUUAAGCAUAAGCUUUCCAAGCGCGGCAACGUGCUAAUUACCACGGGCAGUAACUAUAGUGUAGCGCUCGAGCUAAUUCGCGAAACUUCCGACAUGAUGGUGGUGGCAUUGCGUGAUCAGACGGGCGUAAAGUUUGGCGAAGAUUUCCUAAAACUGGUCGUCGGCGAAGAAUCGAGCGGGUUGGUAUUCCCUGGCAGAGGUAUCUUUGCGGUCGGCGAUGUUGUGUGCUUCAGUUCGCCACUACUCAAUGCAGACGCACGUUGGAGCAGCUCCGAUGAGUCGUUGGUGAAGAUAGAUUCGAAAACUGGAGUCGCACAAAUACUUGGCAGUUCGGCAAGCGCGGGUGGGACAAACACGGAAGAUGUGGUAACGAUUCGACAUGGUGAUCGCCGUCAGGGUGGCAUUUCGUUCAACGUGGAUGUGCUGGAAGCGGAUCGCAUUGAGUUCUUCAAAAGCUACGACAUCUUCAACGGGAAUUCGUACCGAGGGCAUCUAGUGAUCAAGAAUCAUCUGCAGGUAGACAAGCUGGUCAAUGUGAUUGCGAUGAAUGUGUCCACCUGCCGGGAGCAGGUUGAACGAUCGGUUGGUGGAUUGUUCGCUUGUAAGCUAGUGGUACGCCAAGGAAUUCCCGAUUUGUUGAAGCAUUUCAAAGUGCUGCCCGGAUACGAUCCAACAAUAGGGGCGUACAGCUGUAACAUAGAUCUUCUGACGACACUGGACGAUGUGGCGAACUUGAUCAAAACGAACGAAUACACGCUGGAGUUGGAGGUGCGUUUACUUGCCUCCGGACUGACCGAUACAUCUACGCUGAAGAUGGUACCAGCGGUGCGGAUCGAACCGGAAGCAAUCGCGGUAGAUCAAAUCAACAAGCAAAGUCUCAUGAUCGCAGGACUCGAUCGGGUACUGCAGAAGGUUGAGGUGACUUCAUCCGAUCCGGCAGCUUUAGCAAUUCGCCAACAGCAAAAGCAACCCGGCCUGCUUGAGUACCGGCUAGAACUGUUAACGAACUACAAAGAUGAAUGGGCUGACAGUUUGGCCGUAUUGGUUAACUCACCACUUACAUUGCAGAAUGUGAGGGUACCGAUCCAUUCACCAAUGGCUCCCAGAAAAUGUGCCACGCAACCAUUCGCGAGCACACCGGAUUUGUUGGUAAACUAUAUGAGCAACUUUGGUCUACUCAUAUCCGCUGUGACGGUGCUCGCUGCGACAGUUUGGGUCAUUGUGUUCUGCUUUCCCCAGCGACAGAAGACGGUCGCGAACGGAAAUGUGCAUUUGCCAUUUAAAAAUGAGCACAAUUUAUCAUCCUAUGAUAAUAGGAUAAGCGGCAGUCCAUUUGCUAGUCCAUUAGAGAAGCGCGGCAGUAAUCUACAGUCAUCGUCACCGUUCGCCGGCAGUAGCGCCGGACAUAGCUUUAGCGGAUCUCAAGGCAAUCUAAGUCAUGAUUUCAACACAAGCGGUACCUCGCACGGCUCACCGAUCUACGGUGAUGCGACCAUAAUUUCACCCCAAAAACGGGUAAACCGACGUUACCUGUAAAUAUAGUUCAGGAUAGGUGUAACUUUAUACCGUUUCACGGCAACACUAAGGCGGCUUUUCCAUAUGUCCAUCGCGAUACGGAGAAAAACAAACCAAUAGCCAAUUUUGCCAAACACUUAGUUACGGGUUUUUCUCCCCAUUUUUUUCCGAUCAAGCAUGGGUACAUUGUUUAUGUUUUACCUUAGCAUUGAUUUAUAAUUUGAUAUUUGUACAUUAACAAAUGAACUUCAAACAUUUACUUAAUCAAUUCUUUCUAAACGAUUUGGUUUUACUUUAUGAUUUUCGCUCAAUGCUUCACUUCUAUUAAAAUUUGUUUGACGAUAUGUAAAAUGUUAUCGUUUUCUUUCGUUUAGAACGAUAUUAUUCUUACUUAUUAUUACUUUGCUUUCUAACAUUGGCGCUUCUGUUAUGAUCCUUUCGUUGGUUCGAUGCCUUUGGCAAACAAUAAUUUGCAGCUGCUUUUUUUUUCGUGUGUGUGACUUAAGCAUAGUUUGGUUCUGAAUUUAAACACUUGAAAUAUGGUCUGUUUGGCAACAAAUAUCGCCCGUACGAGUGGAAACAAAAGCAACGAUGAGACGGGCCGAUUAGGUAAGGUUAUUGAAAUUAUUAACAACACGAUGUACAUACAUUCAGACUGUCGGUUAGGUUAGUAAGCAACAAAUAAAUUCAAAUUGAACAUCUUUAAA